AUGAUGUCUGCGGACUUCGUUGCAGCGGCGGUUCUGAUUUCGUUCGGGGCGGUACUCGGCAAAACCAGUCCUCUUCAGCUGUUGGUGAUGACACUGAUUGAGGUAGUGCUGCAACAGCUGAAUGAGUAUAUUGGAGUACACGAACUGAAAGUGUCGGACGUGGGAGAGUCUAUGUUUGUGCAUGCUUUUGGGGCGUACUUCGGUCUGGCCGUCGCUCGUGUCUUGUACUCUGACAAAGUGGAAGAGUCCAAUAAAGAGGGCUCGAUAUACCACUCUGAUUUGUUUUCCAUGAUUGGUACUAUAUUUCUAUGGAUAUUCUGGCCGAGUUUUAACGGGGGUGCGGCGACGGGGGACGAGCAGCACAGGGCGGUUAUCAACACGUUAUUCUCACUUACGGCCUGCACGUUCAUCACGUUCGCAGUAUCCUCCAUUCUCCACAAGAGAGGCAAGUUUGAAAUGGUACACAUCCAGAAUGCUACGCUCGCCGGUGGUGUUGCUGUCGGCACAUGCGCAAACAUGCCCAUGGGACUCUGGGGUGCGCUGGUCAUUGGGACUGUGGCGGGAAUACUGUCAACAGUAGGAUUCAAAUAUCUAACGCCUUUUCUUGCGUCGAAGGCCAAACUUCACGACACUUGUGGGGUAAACAAUUUGCACGGCAUGCCGGGAAUUCUGGCGGGUCUUGCCGGGGCUGUCAUGGCCGCCCUAGCAACGGCAGAUGACUAUGGUCCCAGUUUGCAAGAGAUCUUUCCAGCUAGGGGGGAGGAAAGCAAGAACGGAACCGCGAGCUCGGGAAGAUCGGCCUCCGUUCAGGGUGGAUAUCAGAUGCUCGCCUUGAUCAUCACGUUGGCUAUAGCCAUAGUUGGAGGAGCGCUGACAGGUCUGAUUCUCAAGCUGUCUGUGUUCGACGGUCCUGACGACGACGACCUCUUUGACGACGGCAAACACUGGGAAGUGGCCGAUGACGGCUUCGAUGGGUGCGACAAACAGCCCAUCAACGACGCCAACAACAUGACGAACAUGUGA